CUACUUGCCGAUCGAUUAAAAUUUGGCUAUAAAUAGAUAUAAUUGUGUAGCGAUCCGUUCAUAGAAGUCGUUUCUUCAAAAUGGCGACCUCGAAAAGUGCAAAUACUUAUAAUAGAUUGAAUUGGGAAGAAUCGGAAUUUCCUAUAUUAUGUCAAACAUGUCUAGGAGACAAUCCUUAUAUACGAAUGACAAAAGAGCGUUUUGGAAAGGAAUGCAAAAUUUGUUCAAGACCAUUUACUGUAUUUCGUUGGUGUCCAGGAGCAAGAAUGCGUUUUAAAAAAACAGAAGUGUGUCAGACUUGUGGUAAAAUGAAAAAUGUGUGUCAGACAUGUCUACUUGAUCUAGAAUUUGGUCUCCCAGUACAAGUUAGAGAUUAUGCCUCUAAUUUGAAAGAUGAGAUUCCAAAAUCUGAAGUUAACAAAGAAUAUUAUUCCCAAAAUAUUGAGCGUGAAGUCCAAAACUCAGAUAAUAAUCAACCAUAUGGUGCCCUUGGCAAAGUUCAAGCACCAAGUGAACUUCUAAUGAAAUUGGCAAGAACAACUCCGUAUUAUAAACGAAAUAGACCUCAUAUUUGUAGUUUCUGGGUAAAGGGAGAAUGUAGGAGGGGUGAAGAAUGUCCAUAUAGACAUGAAAAGCCAACAGAUCCUGAUGAUCCUUUAGCAGAUCAAAAUAUUAAAGAUCGUUAUUAUGGUUUAAAUGAUCCUGUAGCAGAUAAAUUAUUAAGGAGAGCUGCAGCAAUGCCAAAAUUGGAAGCUCCUGAAGAUAAAACAAUUACAACUUUAUAUGUUGGUAAUCUUGGAGAAAGAAUAACUGAAAAAGAACUCAGGGACUAUUUUUAUCAGUUUGGAGAAAUUAGGUCCAUAACUAUGUUGGCAAGACAACAAUGUGCUUUUAUACAGUUUACUACAAGAACUGCUGCUGAAUUAGCUGCUGAAAAAGCAUUUAAUAAACUUAUUUUAUGUGGUAGGAGAUUGACAAUUAAAUGGGGUAGGUCUCAAGCAAAAUCUUCUGUACCCACUACUAAAGAAGGAGAAGGGAAGAAAUUGGAACCAGUUCCAGGACUUCCAGGAGCUUUACCUCCACCACCUGAUGAAUUAACAAACAAUUAUUUCAAUCUUGCACCAACUGCACAAAAUUUACCACCGCCACCUAUUCCGCAUCCAGCAAUGAUGCCCCAUCCUCCUCCAAUGGGAAUGAGAUUUCCAACACCUCCAUUUAUGGGACCACCAGGUGUUCCUCCACCUGGACCACCACCACCCAAUCCACCACAAGUUCUUAGACCUCCAGGAGGAUUUCCACCACCACCAAUGCCAGCACCUCCUGUGACUCCUGCAAAUCGUUCAGGAAUUCCAAUCCAUUAUCCAUCACAAGAUCCACAACGAAUGGGAUCAACGGGUAUAGGUGCAACGUAAUUACAAUGCCAAAUAUUUUUUUUUUAUGAUUCAUGACAUAAUGCUCUGUAAGAAUAAAAAGUGCAAAGUUAUUCAUAGUGGAUUUUAUGAGACUUUUUGAUUUGAAAAAUCAUCUAUGUAUUCAUAUGAAAGUAUUAUAAAGUAAAAUAUAUAUAUAUAUACACCAUCA